CACCUCCGCUUCUCCCCACACAAACAUCUCCCACGAUCCAUCCAAGUUCACCAGCGCAGAGUUUGAGAAACCAAGCACAGCAUCCGCCUGCUGCUUCUUGCUUCUCUUUCUCUGCGACCAGAUCCUCCCACCGUCUCGUCUCAAUGGCCGCCGUCUCCGCCAAGUCCAUUGCUCUCCUCGCCGCAGUGGUGCUCGUGGCGCUCGUUGCGUCGGCGGCGGGGAGGAUUGUGGACCGGGAGGAGGAGUUCUUCCUGGGCAGCCUCGCCCCCUCGCUCGCCCCGGCGCCCGCGCCGGCGGCGGUGGUCGGCGCAGCAGGCGCCGUCGCGCCCGGGGCGUGGGCUGUGGCCGCCGUCGUCUCGCUCCUCGCCUUCCUCGCUCACUGAGGCGUCGCUGCGCUGCGGACAGUCAUGGGUGCCUAUUGAGAGAUGGAAUCCUGCAAUCUGAAUUGCGGCGAGUCGCGUCUGUUUGUUUCGUUCAGUUUAGUUGGUUGGUUAGACUACUAGUAGUAGUGAUCUAUUCAGUGAUGGUGUUGCGUACUGGGUAUCUCUCUCUUUUGCCUGUAUAAGAGAGAAAGUAUGUUCUAAAUAAUACUAUUACUUAUUGAUUAUUCUUUA